CGUGGAUAUUGCAAUUGGAUUUUCUAGUGGGACCGACACGGACUGCAUUCAACACCAGCAGCAGCAGCACACACCCCACAGCGCCGGUGAUGCAUCCCCGCGGCAAGAGCACGGACAAGUCCUCGUCAGAGUCGUCUUUACUUUAGAAUGGUGCAGAAAUCUCUCAACGGCGGGGUUUACCCAACUCAGGCCGGAGAGAAGAAGCACAAAGUGGGCUUUGUCGGACUGGACCCCGGCGCUCCGGAGUCCAGUAGGGACGGGGCGCUGCUCAUUGCGGGUUCGGAAAGCACCAAGCGCAGCAGCAUCCUCUGCAGACCGAGGUCCAGCAUCUCCGCCGGGAGACCCAGACCGUCGAAGAAAAAUGCCAGCUAUCGGAAACUACAGAAUUUGCUCUACAAUGCGCUGGAGAGACCGCGGGGAUGGGCGUUCAUCUACCACGCUUAUGUAUUCCUUUUGGUCUUCUCAUGUCUUAUACUCUCAGUGUUUGCCACCAUCAAAGAGUUCAAACAUAGCUCAGAGAGUGCCUUGUACAUCCUGGAAAUUGUGACCAUUGUGGUGUUUGGGGUGGAGUACAUUGUUAGAAUAUGGGCUGCUGGCUGCUGCUCUCGAUACAGAGGAUGGAGUGGGAGGCUAAAAUUUGCCAGAAAGCCUUUCUGUGUCAUAGACAUCAUGGUGCUGAUUGCCUCAGUGUCCGUCCUGGCAGCUGGAUCUCAGGGGAAUGUUUUUGCCACCUCUGCCAUCAGAAGUUUGAGAUUCCUGCAGAUCCUGCGCAUGCUGCGCAUGGACCGCCGUGGAGGGACCUGGAAGCUGCUUGGUUCUGUAGUUUAUGCCCACAGCAAGGAGCUCAUCACGGCGUGGUACAUUGGCUUCCUGUGCUUGAUCCUGGCCUCAUUCCUGGUCUACUCUGUGGAAAAGGAGUUAAAUGAUGAGUUUGAGACCUAUGCUGAUGCUCUUUGGUGGGGACUGAUCACUCUCACCACCAUUGGUUAUGGUGAUAAGGUUCCAAAGACCUGGUAUGGACGCCUGCUGGCAGCCAUAUUCAGCAUGAUUGGCGUAGCCUUCUUUGCACUUCCUGCUGGCAUCCUUGGCUCUGGCUUUGCCCUGAAAGUCCAGGAGCAGCACAGGCAAAAACAUUUUGAGAAGAGACGAACCCCUGCAGCAAACCUCAUUCAGGCUGCUUGGAGGUUCUAUGCUACCAACCUUUCCCGAACAGAUCUGCUGAGCACAUGGGAUUUUUAUGAGCAGACUGUAGCAAUUCCAAUGUACAGACUUGUUCCACCCCUGAAUCAGCUGGACCUGCUGAGGAAUCUGAAGGGCAAGUCAUUCAGGAAAGAGUCUCAGAUAGACAUCUCUCCCAGGUCUGUGAUCACGUCAGUUUUAUCUCUCUUCACCUCCCUCUGGCUUCUCUGCUGUUCAGCUGUUAGCUGCUGCUAAGGCACUCUUCUUGGGGGAGUGUGUACACUAUAUCUGUGUGUGUGUGUAUGUGGACGUGGACGUGGCUGUGUGUGAAUAUGCCUCCUUCAAGAAGGGUCUUGCUGCAUCCACUCACAAGGUGCUCAAAGAUCACCUCACUCUGGCCUCACUCCUGACUGGCAGCUUAAUGAAAUAUUCACCAAUAAGCUGUUCCUUACAACUCUAUCUCUCAGCGUCACCUCAGGGAAAAAAAAAAAAGUUUUUUGAGGAGUCUUGCUUGAUUUUUAUCACACUGACUUUGACAUAAGAAACAAGUGUUAUUAUUGACAAUGCAGUAACACUUUAUUGCAACUUAGCUGUUUGUAAUGCAUUUGCAUUUUUUGGUGUUUAACUGCAAUUCAGAGAUAUUUAAAUUCAUUGUCCAAACUGGCAAAGGCAUUCAACUAUUUAUGAAUUAUUAUUGCAAAUGAGUUAUAAACUAUAGUUAUAAUAAAGUGUUACUUGCAUCACAAUAUGGCACACACUGCUGUUUAUGUGAAUGUAUCCACUGCUACUCUAUCUUUUUUGUGUCUCCUCUACUGCCCACCACUCCAGUAGUGAACAUGCACA